UUUUCCACACCACAGACGCGGAAUUAACGUCUGAAUUUAGUAGCAUUAAACGUAUUAACAUCAAAACAUCAAUGUUACUAAUUAUUUAGUAGCAUUAAAAUCAACACAAGUAUCUAAUAACAUUAAAAGAGCACCGUUCCAAACAUUCGCCAUUUCCGGGUGAAGAGGGAACUAACGUUAUCGGAUUUCCGAGAGCACGUAAAGUCGAACAAAAAACUUUAAACAAACAUCAUCUGGGAAAAAAAUAAACAUAGACGAUAUAAAAUGAUAUUGUGCUAUCACAAGCAUUAUGUUGACGAGUUGCGUUGAAACUAUCAUGUUAUAAAUAUACAUUUCAAGUAAUGCAGAUGCUGUACUGUUGCAGCAAAAUAGUCAGACAAACAAACAAAUGAAAGAAUGUGCGACAACUUUUUAUAUUUUCAUACAUUUUACCAUUACUAUACUAAUACUUACUAUCAUUUUGAUUGUGUAAAAUAUGUAUUAUUGAUACAAAUUUCAAUUGUGAAGAAUCACACUGCAAUAUAUUGAGAGAUGCAGUUCAGAUGACAACUAUGCAGUGCAAAUUUGCAAACUACAGGGAAAUAAUAGGGGCAAAUGUUGAGUUUCCUCAUAACAUUAUUUUCUUUGUACGUGGGUAACGGUUGUCAUUUCAUCUGCUUCAUUGCUCAAUUUAAAAACAAACCUUCACAUUCUAGACUGGAGAGACAUUUAUCUACCGAAACAGAGAAAUGCAUGCCAAACACACUUAUAGCCUACUUGAAAAACAUGUUUAACGUGUCUUCGUGUGUUUGAAUGAAGCCCUUGUUUAGGACUGUCUCGUAACAGGACCAGCCCUCUUACGGUCCAAAACCGAUACCUGUUCAAAAUGUUUGGUUUAUAUUGCACACCUGAGUACUCGGCAGACUCACUGUUGCAUGAGACGUCUUUUGCUAUCAUUGGUGAAACCAAAACAUUUGUAAUGCUGUAAGACUGCAGAGGGGAAAGCGCAAAGGACUAAGGCAUGAUGAAAAGAAUGACUCUUGAAGAUAAACUGGACAGUAUGAAGGUAGAGAACGAGCUGGAUGGUUCUGAUGAAGAGUUUAAUGAUUUUGAGGAAGAUGGGUUUGACUCUGCGUUGGACUCAUCAACAAGCUAUCUGGCACAGGAAGAAUUGUAUGAAAAUUUGCCGAAUGUUAGGAAAACCAAUUUAACUACAUCAACAACUUUACACGCUGGGACAGAGGAAUUGCGUGUCUUGCUUUUGGGAGCAAGAGGGGCUGGAAAAAGCUCCACUGGAAACACCAUCCUCGGAUGCCACAUCUUUAAGACGGACAUGCAGCUCAGUAGAGUCACACAGAUCUGUGAAAGGGCAUCUGGGAUGAUUCACGGCCGACAUGUGGCCAUCAUCGACACUCCAGGUCUUAACAGAAUAGGGAGCAUGGAACGAGAAGUGACCAGAGAGAUCCUAAAGUCCAUCUCACUUUAUAAUCCAGGACCGCAUGUUUUUCUGCUGGUUAUGCCUGUAGGAAAUUUAACUAAUGAUGAUAAGAGCAUGCAUAAGUUGAUGGAGAGCAUGUUUGGCAAGAGCAUGUGGAAGUAUACCAUUAUUGUGUUCACACAUGGAGAUCGGCUAGGGGACAAAAUGGCUAAUGAUGUCAUCACAUGCUCUGACAAGGGGCUUCGCGAUUUCAUCCGUAAAUGCAGUGGUGGAUUUGUGUUCUUCAAUAACAAGGACAUGGACAAGUACACGUAUGUGACCGAACUUUUAAAGAAAAUUGAUACACUCCUGGCUAUUAAUGGAAAGGGAUGCUACACAACGUCUUUUUAUCCGUCUGCAGAGAGGAAGAUAAGAAAGAACAUGGAGAAAAUUUUAGUAAAGAGAAAACAGGAGAUUGCACAAAAGGAGGAAAAGCUGGGGACACUCUGCCAAACUGAGAUGGAGAUUGAAAGAGAGAGACGAGAAAUUUGGAGAACUGAAGAAGAGGAAGCAAGAAAACGGGCUGAGAAACCAUCCACAAAAAGAAAGUCUAAACUAAAUGCGUUUGACAUAAAGACGUCGACCUGAAGUAGCUAGUUUAACAAAUACAAUUAAAACCCUUCUUUGUCUUUUUACUUUAAACAAAUGCCUUUUCUGUAAUUGUCUGCCAAAUCUUGUGUAUUUUUCUAUACAGACAUACUGUAAGGGGGAUAGUUGUCACAAGUUGACACACAGGCCAUCUCAGGCCUAUAAUGAGUGAAAUGUCCAAGCCGGGCAAGUUGUCAUAUCUUCUUAUUGAAUACAAUUUAUGUUAUAACAAAUAAAAAUAUUUUUAAAAGAAUGUUAAUGUAACCUAACAUGGUAAUUAAUGUUUCAGGAAUAUUAUUGUUUUAGUUAAA